GCAAUGACAGUACUACAUUUAUUUCCUUACAACUUGGUUGUGAUGAUUUCUUAAAAUAGGGCUUUAAAUUGCAGUUGACGGAAUGUAGUAGUUUUAAUCACAAAAUUUCUAUUGGAUAAGUAAUUUAAAGAACAUUUCGUAAAGAAAUAAGUUCUUUUUCACACGAAUACUUAUUAAUUGCAGAAGUGCUUUUAAAACAAAAUUCGUAAAAUUAUCAGUGAAAUGCAUUUCGGCGUAAAUGUUACGAAUUGCGAAAGCUAAACCACAGGAAACUAAGAUAUGUUACCAGACCUUAAUAUUCGGUUAUGUAGCAGCAAAUAAUGCACGAACCUUUACUAAAACGUUAGAAUUGUAACUGUACAUAGAUAAACAAAUUUGAGUUUUUACUUCAAUAUAGUAUUUUGUUAAAACAAAAACUGUGAAGAUGGAACUGCUUAUGUGAUAUUUUGACAAUUUUUUUUAAAUUACGAUUGUAGAGAAAAUCAAUUUACCUAAAAAGAAGUAUAAAACAAAAUAUAUCUGGUCACCCCAUUCAAAAAGCAAUGAAAGCGCAGAAAUAAUAAAUGAUAAUAAAUAAAAGAGCGAGAAAGUUAACAGAAAUACAUAUAUGAAGAAAGGUAAGCAAACACUAAUGGAUUAAACAUGAAAAUGGACAAUAAGAAUGAAAACUGCGAAUAGUUUUUGUGAACAGUGCGGUAGUGCGUUCAGUGUAAACGGAUUGAAUUAAAUAAUGGAAUGUAUAUUUAUUAAAAAUUGUAAGGGUGAAGAAAGCCACUAAAAAACUAUUCAAGUUAUCUACCAGAUAUAUAUACAAGAGGUGUAAACUUUUAUGAAAUAUGUACAAAUAUGCUAGUAUACAUUGUGGGUUUAUACUUAUAUACAAAUAUUUCCUGGCAGAUUUGACGUAAGCUGUGUGCAUUAUAGGAGAAAAGUGCUGUGGAAAUGUAUUUAGGCAAAGUGAAAAACUUACAGCUCUUAUGUAUAAACGUGUAAAAGUCAUUGCACGAUCAGUCUACUUAGCACUGUUUGCUUUUUUCAUGGUAUUCCAAUAAUUGCUGCAAUAUUGUCACAACACGCUGGGGCUCAGGUUGUAACCAUUCGCUGUUCCACUGCCUGCCCUGCUGAUAAGGCAAUCAGCGCAGCCGCGCUGUUGUUAAACCGUGUGCAUGGGUAAUAACACAUUGAGCAGAAGCUCUGUUUACUUAGCAGGUAUCUAAAGCCCACAUUAUCAGCAAACAUACCGGCCAAACUACAUACAUGGUACUUUGGCGGCAGGCAGUCGACGCAGACAAACAACAAACUAAGCAAUACUAUCACGCAGGCCGAAGCGAAAGUAAAAUAAUUAAAUAUACUUAUAUGAAUGUAUAACAAUUGGUGUGCUAGAGGAAAAGGUGGAGCAUUAAUAUUGAUUUAAGCACUUGAUAUCUAGUGUGCGUAACCAUAAGGGGGUGUGUGUGCGUGUGUUUCUGGCGUUAGACGCUAGUGCGCAAGCGUACAACGCACAAUAACAAACGACUACGUACAAGCUGUUAUCAAUUACGGCGCGCAAUGUCGCACGGCAUAGUGAGCGGGGGAGCAGGAGCAGCAGUCGUCGAUAGCAGUAGUCUUAACGCACAGUCCGCUACCACAGAAUAUCGCGAAGUACAUUGGACAUCGAAUGUCAUGGAUUCUUCACGCGUCUCCACUUGUCUCAUUUCGAUGCUGUUGAUCGUGUAUGGCAGUUUUCGUAGUUUGAAUAUUGAACAGGAGGCUCGUGAACGUGAACAAAAGAAGCGUAGUGAAUCAAUGAUGAAUUUACUAACCGGGGAACCUGUGGAACAAGAGACUAGCAAAUUCGCAACGCUCGAUACAAUGCAUGCAUUGUGCUUGCCACUCGGAGCUUCAGUUUCAUUGUUGGUUAUGUUUUUCUUUUUCGAUUCAAUGCAAUUGCUUUUCGCCGUUUGUACAGCAAUAAUUGCAACGGUGGCUUUAGCCUUUCUGCUAUUGCCCAUGUGCCAGUACAUAAUACGACCAUGCACCGAUGGAAAUCGUAUAUCGUUUGGUAUAUGUGGUCGCUUUACUGCAGCUGAAUUAUUCAGUUUUGCGCUCUCUGUGUCAAUUGUAUGCAUUUGGGUACUCACCGGACAUUGGUUGUUAAUGGAUGCGAUGGGCAUGGGUCUAUGUGUGGCAUUUAUCGCUUUUGUACGCCUGCCAAGUCUUAAGGUGUCUACACUUUUGCUAACUGGACUGCUCAUCUACGAUGUCUUCUGGGUUUUCUUUUCAUCGUAUAUUUUUAGCACAAACGUUAUGGUUAAGGUGGCCACCAGGCCUGCUGACAAUCCGGUCGGCAUAGUAGCGCGAAAACUAAACUUGGGGGGUAUUGUGAAAGAGCCACCCAAACUUAACUUGCCAGGCAAAUUGGUUUUUCCAAGCAUACACAAUAGUGGGCAUUUUUCAAUGUUGGGUCUAGGUGAUAUUGUGAUGCCGGGCUUGCUGUUAUGUUUUGUUUUGCGUUAUGACGCAUAUAAGAAAUCGCAGGGCAUAACUACGGAUCCCACGUUGCAGCCACCGAAAGGAGUCGGUUCGAGGCUUACCUACUUUCACUGUUCCUUAUUGGGCUACUUUCUUGGUCUGCUCACCGCUACCGUUAGCUCAGAAGUUUUCAAAGCAGCACAACCGGCAUUAUUAUACUUGGUGCCGUUCACGUUAUUGCCGUUGUUGACUAUGGCUUAUCUCAAGGGCGACUUACGACGCAUGUGGAGUGAACCGUUCAUCACGCAGCAACCAACAAAGCAACUGGAAGUCUGAGUGCUUAGCCUCUUUUUUCCUUCGUAUAGGUUUAACAAACUACGUUUAUACAAGGAAUGAAUUAUUUUAGUUUUUGUAUUUUAAUUAUAAUAAUAGACAUAGACCAACUUGGAGCAUGCAUGAGGGUGGGGGUUGUGAAUAAUACGUAGUAUGUAUGCUGAAUCAAGAGUUUAAGACAAGAAAGAAUUUUUACUCAUUUUGCGUUUAAUUUUUACAUGUUUAGUUUUCAUAAAAAACUAAAUUCAUUGAACUAAAAAAUAUUAAUAUUUAAGUAUAAUGCGCUCAGAUAUCAAAAUGAGAUUCAAUAAUAGUAACGUAUUUGUAUGUAAAACAUCCGUUAAUACAACAAUGUAUUAAAUAGUGAAAAAAGCCAAAAUUUAGCGCACUUGAGAAAUAUACAUACAUAUUACAGUAAUUUCGAUGUAUGAUUACAUAUUUCCAUAUACAAAAUACAUGCCUCAGUAUAUCAUCUUACGAAUCUACAUCCGCACGUUAAGAAUGAUGACUUCUAUAGAAACGUAUAAAUAUAUACAAACACACAA